CUGCAACUUGUUACCUCACCUUGUUGUUGCGGUGUGCUGAUUGAAGGAUAGAUUAUAGAUAGAUGCAUACAUACCUUUGAUUGCUUGGUUCCCGCGGAGAACAACACACAGAGAGAGAGACAUCAAAACAACAACAGCGAUUAUUAAACCGAACGAAACGAAACGAAACAAAACCAAACCAACAACCAUGGAUCCGCAACUGGCCAAGCUGAUGGCGAGGAGGCGCCGGAAAGCCGACGGCGAAGGCGAAUCGUCCCCGGACGGGGGACAAGACGAAAACCCGACCCCGGCGCCCCCCGUGUCGACUCCAUCCACCCGGUUCCGAGCCAGGCCCAGCGCGGUCUAUACGCCCAAGCCGAAGGCCGCCGGGCCCGCCCCCUCGUCUCCGUUCUCCGGGGGGAAGCCGCGGGCGGAUCCCGGGGCGCCAGAAGAGGUUGCCGACGCCGUCCCGGUGACUCCCUCCAAACCAGCGGCGGGCGAUCGCAGGGAGUCGCUGUACUCCCCAUCGAUUUUCGAAACGGAGAGCGGCGACGAGGCAGGGGAUGGCGGGGCGAGCGGCAGCAGGCGAUCCUCGUCGGAGAAAAAGAGGCAGCAGCGCUGCUCCGAAGAAGAUUUGUCGGAGCUCGAUGCCCUGGUCUCUGCCCUGGAUGCUUCCGUGAGGGACGCCGAGCAAGAAACCAGCGGCAGCAAGGGAGGUGCCCGACCGGUCUCGUCGUCCUUUGUGGAAGAAGACAUGGAAGAAUCCUCGCCGUUUGCCGCGGAAGAAUCCGAGAAGUCCUGGUCGCCCACCAAGCUGCCGCAGGACACCCCCCUGCCGCCCCCUCCCUUUUCCGGCGAUGCCGAUCCGGAGCCCUCGCGCCACAAAAGCGCCCGCGGCGCAGUGGGGGGAUCGCGGAGCCCGCGCAACCGCGGCAAGACCCGGGGAGACGGGGAGGGAUCCCGGUCCCGCAACCGCGAGAGGCUUUCUCCCAAAGCAUCCGGCAGCGGGAAGGCCGACACGCUCCGUCGCUCGCCGGUACCCGACUACCCGGAGGCACUGGAGGAGGAGCUCCUGGCGGCGACCUCGGCCGCCGCCGAUGCCAUCGGGGGCCGAUCCCCGUCCAAGCAAUCGCCUCCCAAGCGCUACCGGCGCUCGGGUUCCGAUGCAUCCUCCUCCAACGCCUCUUCCAACGGGGGCAACGACGACCACGAGGCCGCGGACUCGAUUUCCGCUUCGGUGGAGGAGCCCGAUCCGGCAAGCUCCCAGCGGCACGGCAGCAUUGGGAAACAGAGCGAUCGCCACAGACCAAAUUCCUCCGGCCGCAAAAAAUCGCGGUCUCCGAAAUCCUCCGGCAGCAAAAAAUCGCGGUCUCCGAAAUCCUCCGAUCGAAAGGGCGGGUUUGCCGGGGCGCAAUCGCUGCGAAACCUCUUUGAUUCCGACCACUUUGAAAAGAAUCACAAGGGGGGGAACUCCGACCCGAACAGCAACGCGUCCAUCGGAUCCGGUUUCGGGAGCUUUGCCGCGGACUUUGGGUCCUUUCCCGAUCCCCGAAGCGAAUCUACCAAAACGGACCCAUCCACGAAAUCCAGCGAUGGCUUCAACGAUCCGUUUGGAAUAUCUGCGUCGGAGGAAGAGCAGCCAGCGGAGUACGAACCUCCUUCCUUUGGCAUCAACCUCACAGACAUGGAUUUUGGCAGUGGCGGUGGCUGGGGACAGCCGCCCCCGGCACCCUACGAUACGUCCCCCAUCGAGAAACCCCCCGUCAAUCGAGAGGAAUCCGUGUCCACUCAGAUCAAGUGGAUGGACUCGCGCCCCAACAUGAUCGUCUCCUCCUCGGAGAAAAACAAAUCCCCGGCACCGGUAACGAAUCCAUUGACCGGAAAUCCCAUUGUCUGCCGACCCUCGGUCGCUGCCAACAACUCGCACGAUAUUUUGGAAUGGGAUCCCCAGCGGAAAACCCAGGUGUUGGCAACCGCGGUGUUUUCGGACGAAUUAAAGCGCAAGAUUGCCGACAAAUACCGCGUCGUCCCAGAUGCCGUCCAGCGGGUCUGGACCAUCUCUGCCGGCGUCCAUCGAUCGUCGCCGAAGCAAAAAGGUGGCCAAACGGAAGCUGUCCGGGUGGCGGCCCUCCUCGACCUGACCAUUCUGGGGGAACGUUUCGACGAAGUGCUCCGGGUCAUUGCGGUCUGGAACUGGGGCGGGAGCAAUGCUUCCGUGCUCGUCCAGCUCCAAUCCGUCCUUAGUCCACCCAGUGGGGCCGACUUUACCUACGACACAAAGAACCUAGUGGUAGCCGACGGCUGCAUUUUUGUGGCGGGUGCCUCCGCCAAGGGACCCUGUGUCUUUUUGAACAAGCCCACCGUCCGGGAAACGUGGUCGGCGAAUUUCAUCGUUAAGAACAAGGAUAUCCAGAUCUCGCACAUGGCCGCCACCAACAGUCCGAGGAGCCCGCGCGAUCCAGAUGCCGGAGAUACCGAAAACGACAACAGCGGCGAUGGCGAACGCGUGCCCUACCUAGCGAUAGCGCUGGACGAUGGCAGUUUGAGUGUGUGGACCUACGAAGCAGCCACCAAGCUCAACGGAAAGAACAACGAGGCUGUUCGGAAGCUCCUGUUUCCGAUGUGCCGGCUCCAUGCUGCCAAGGUCCUCCAGACUUGUCCGGUAACGAACUGGUCCUCGAGAGAGCAAACUACCGUAGACGGAGACAGGGGUUCGAAUGCAGACGUGGGAUGUUGCACGCAUCUGGAAUGGAUCCCCUAUCGAGCGUCUUCCCAUAAGCAAUUGCUCUUGCUGGCCGCUUCCUUUCAGAGAGCGCUUUGCUUGUAUCACGUUGCCCUACCAAAGCUGCAGGACAAGAGCAAUUCGUCGAAAAGGGGGACCUACAAUGAGAUACGGCCACCGAGCGAGAAGACGAUUCUUAGCCAAACGAUUUCGCUCCGACCCUUUUGUUUUUCAAAAUGGCCCAAAUCCUACAACAAAUCGUCGUGUUCGUUUGUUGAUUUGGGACCACACGUACCGCCCAGUUUGGUGGUUCUGUUGAAUGGGUCUGAAUCUAAUCCUGAUUGCGCUCGCUUGGCAUUGGUAACAUGUCCCCUUCCGGCCUACAUGGGGAGUACCAGAGGCAAGAAAUCAGGAGAUCACCUCGCCUUUCACGUCUGGGAUACCCAGGAAUGGACCAAGCAGGUGGCGAAUCUGCCAAAGGGCCUGAUGACCUCGAGCUUGUCGAGCACGAUGGGCAUUUUAUAUUAUACGAAUACGAGCAUCGAAGAAAUCGAAUACCGAACCAACGCGCGCUUCCCAUUUGGCUCGGGUGGUGUAGGAACUAUUCCAGCUGGUCUCACAACUUCCGGUUCGAAUUAUUGGGCCGACAGCCUUGUAUCGUCUGCUGUAGGCGUGCUCAGUAUUUACACCACUUUUCACUGCGAACGGUUCAAAUCGACCCUGUCGCCGGACCCGUCGUCGCCCACAUUGUUGGAAUGGACAACACCCACUCGAAGGCAUUGGCUGGUGGAAACUUUUAUGGGGGAUUCCAAGGGAUCGAAACAAGGUGGUGCCAAGCCACGACUCGGCCGCGAAGAAAAGGAUAGUGACGAUGUAGUCUUAGGUGGUGCCCAAUCCACUGUAAUUUGCGAGCUCGUGACACAACCGAAGAUCGAACGUCUCUAUCCAUAUCGGCUUACACGCAACCCCUACGCAACCGAGGGGCGAAGUCCCGAUACUAGCCAGCACAUUGCGGUCUGGUUCCGUCCUUUGCAUGGUAGUGGCCAGGCGGCAAGCAUCGGGCUCGUCGCAAAAGACGGAGAAGGCCAGUACAAGCUAGUGCAAUUGCUAGAUAGUCGUGAUGUUGUAUUCCUGCCGAAUGCAACCCGGGACGACAAAUCGGGCAGUGGGAUUCCCCAGGCCCUAGUCGUAAGCCGAAACGGGGGUUCAGUCUCGUUAUGGCAAUGGAAGGAUCGUGCGGGAGCCCUGGGAAAACCGUGGCAAAUUGUUUCGGAUGCACCCUGUCGACCAAUUUUGGGUGAUAAAAAAGGAAAUUCUACAUCAGAAGACGACUUUGUGGAAUUGCGCCAAUUCGUGCCGACUCGCUUUCAGAAUAAAGUUUCACUAUUAGCAAUUGCAUCGGAUUCGAGUGGAAGGUUCUGUGUAGUCGCCGGAAAACUAGUUGCAGAAAAAGGACUGGAUUGGGUAUCUCUUUUACCAAACAUGAAGGAAAACCCCGUUCUUUGGCUCGACGAAAGAGAACAAGUUUCUCUUGUCGUGCCACUUCCUAGUGAAGAUUCUAUCCAAGGAGGCAUAGGAAUUGCUACGACUCGAAGAGUUCUGAUUUUGUCUUCGGAUCUGAAUGUAAUGGCUACAUGGGAUUGCGAACUGCCCCCGGGAUCCCUGGUGCCGCUCGGAUCGUUUACCGUUGCUUUUUCGUCACAAAUGGAUCACAAGAUACGAUAUCUCAGCGGUCUACCAGAGAGUUUCGGAAGGUCUGGCCUGAUCGCUAGCUUUCCAAUAUUCAUUCCGAGUUAUUACACCAAUUGGUUGGCAGGAAUUCGUCCAGAUAGAUUCGUGUACAGUUCUCAUCAUAAUGGAACCCGUCUAGUGGAAAGAGGAAAAUCGACGAAUACGUUCUUACUCCCUCUGGCAACGACUCGGCCUGCUCUUUUGUUGGAGCCGAUGAUUGCAAAUGCUAUUGCUACGGGUGCAAAAGGGACUACUACGCAAACGUUCUUGAGGGCUGUGUUGGAAAAGUUCGGGAGGAAAGUUGUUACCAUGUCUCAUGGCGAAGAGGAAGGAAUCGGUAACUUCGGUGCGGGCAUCACUCCUAGGGUCUUUGAGCUAUUGGAAUACUACAACUUCAAAUCAGCGGCGUCAUGGCUAUUGACAGGAACAAUUGGCUUCGAUAGAGCUGCGAAUAGCAGGCUGCUGCCGUCGUACCUACCAAUUACGGCCAAAAUAAAGGCUGCAUUCGAUGCAGACACGCAUUUACACCUUAUCGCUAGCGGUGAUCAGUACUUUACAGAAUAUGUUAAGUCCCCAGACAUCAAUAUGCCGUCAACCUUGCCUCGUCCCAGUGAUCCAACUGCAAUCUUGUGUCAGCAGUUCGCCUUGGAUGCUAUGAAGCAAGGUAACUUUUUGGAUGCUAUAAAAAUGUUAGAUAUUUCUGGAACACAGCCUUCUGACGCAAUUAUGCUCCAGUUAUCAAUGGCGUUGCAGUUGGACCCGGCAAUGGAGGGCAGUCCUCUUAUCGACUCUCUCUAUCAACAAGAUUCUCAAACAGAGAAGGUCCCAUCUCUAGUGGCUUCGCUUGCAGCACUCACUACGGAGUUGAAGGCGGGCAAAACACCAUCACCGCAGUUUAAUUACAAAUGGCUACAGUCACUGGCGCCGUCGGUGCAAAGAAGCAAAAAGUACGAAAGGCAGCGUUCGCGACUCAUUGGUGAAUCUUCGCUUUCUAUGGUAAUGCCAAGAGACAAAGUACAAAACGAAGUGUUCUCUUCAGAGAUUCCUGAAUCUAAAUUGGUUUGGAACGAGGGACCUAAUCAUGAGAAAGAGAAUUUAUUAUUGCUGGAUAAUGUUCAAGAAUGGUUUGGUCGAAGGCGUCCUGUAAUAUUGGGAAGAGAAGGAGCCAAGAGUGCUGAGGAAAGAGGCGCGUCCACUCUAGCUGGUAUCCUCCAUUGCAAUGACGAAGACUCGUUCGGAGGAGAGAACGAGGACACAUUUAAAGAUGGAUGGGUGGAUGGUGUUGGUGAAGGCUUGAACGGUAUGUUUCAUAUUUCCUGCUUUCUCCGUUGUGUUGUAGCACCAUUUCUAAUUAUUUUGCUGUGUUGAAUUGCUUACAAAAUCGAAAAUUUAGACGAAGAUAAACUCUCUGCCUACUAUAGAUUCUCUGAAGGCGAAGAAGAGGAUACGUCUUGGCGAGAUGAAGGAAUUGCUGAUAUCACAAAAUUUGAAAAUACAGCUACUAUCGUCGGAAAUCCUGACGACUUCAAUCUCCAAGAAUCUCUGUCGAGUGUGGACGAAGGCGAAAGUGGCAAAGUCAAACCUAUUCAUGAUUUGGUAUUUGGACAAUCGGGCGUAGGGCAAGCAUCAGCACUGGUGAUUUCCGCAAUGCGCGGGGGUAGCUUGGAUUUAGGGUUGAUGCAUGGACCCGACCAUGUGUCGAGACAAAAAUGCACUAUCGAGUUCUGGGCGUGGAUUCCAGAGUCUAUCGAGAAGGAAAUCAUUCUCGUACGCAGAAGUUGUGGAUCGUCUGCGGGUGAUUUUGACGUUAUUUGCCAAUCAGAGAAAAGAAACUUACUCUGGGAACUUGGUCUCCACAAAAAUGGUGAACUCGAAUUUCGCACAAUUGCGGGGCAAUCUGUGACAACGAAACCUGAAAAUCGAGAUAAUAUCGAAGACACUCCUUCAAAUACUGUGCAUUUUUCACGGUGGAAUCACAUUUGCAUUAUUAUGAAGCAAGAAUCUAUGAUCAGUUCUGCGGUAUCAUUACUUAUUCGUGGAUCGAGAAAAAUAGAUUCUGAGGUGCUUAAUUUUUCGCCCCCUGACUUCGAAGUUGAUGACUUUUCUGGAGCGUCGGCAUUUGAUCAAAUGCUCGAGACAUCGCAUUUGGUUUUUGGAAUAGAUCAUACCAAAGAUUUCAGAUUGACAGAAUUAAGAGUAUGGGCAUUGGAUCGAAAGGAUGAUGAUAUCAAGACAUGGAUGACAGAGUAUCUGGAGUGUGCGGAGAUAAAGAGAAAGAUUAAAAUAAAAAUCAAGAGAAAACUUGGUGGCGAUAAAGGAAUUGCCCUUAGUCCCAAGAAGGGGCUAUUGACACCACCAAGGGGUCUGAAACCACCCAGUGAUGUUCCGAAGGGUGGUCUAUUAGCACCUCCUGGAGGCUUUCAACCACCAACCGAUAGUAAGAAUCGAUCUGACAAUAAAAAGGCUGGGCUACUUGCACCUCCAAAACAAAGCAAGGAAGACGGAUAUUCCAGUCCUAAAAACGCAACGAAGCUCGAUACUGAUUUCGGUUCAAGCAGCUUUAGUGGGGCAAAUUUUGGAAAUUUCAAGCAAUCUCCAGAUAAAGGUGCAGAUCUAUCCUCACCUGCUUCAUUUGCAUCAGAUUUUGCAGGAAGAAUGAGUGGUAGCACAUUCGGGAGUGAACUGCAGGGAGAGAAGUUAUUGAAUGAAAAUCCCGAUAGUCCCCUGAAAAAUAAAGGUAUAUCCGCUGUUACGGAAGAAACGAUACAGGAGGAUGCCUCCGAAGAAGUUGAUAUUUCACCGCUUUGGGAGAGCGCAAUUCCACUUUCUGAGCAAGUGCGAACAUCUGCUGCAUCCGCUCUUAUACGAGGGCCUCCCGCAACGCGUCAUUUUGGUGGUAACCGAGGUGGAUUGCCUGAUUACCGCGAAUUAGAACGCUUUGGAGUCGGAGCGAUUUCAAUAUGUGGGUCGGAAAAAACAAUAGUUUGGCGGGACGAUCAAGUUCCACCUGGGCUCACUUAUCCCAUUGGGGCAAGUGGUGCCAUAGUCAGCGAUCAAAUGGAUGGGGAUGGUAGCGAAUUUUUGUGUUGUUUCAUGGCAAAAGAUAAGCGAAUGGUUGUUUUUGAACUAUCGACAAGAACCAUCGUCGUGGAGUUACAGAUGACCACGAAACUAAAUUACUGGAGAUUCCUUCCACCAGAGGCUGGCGAGGAUACCUUAUGUUUCAUGCUGAUCACGCCCGUAGGAGGUUUUCAUUGGAUGCCAUUGGAUGAAUCUCCUCGUCCCCGUCAGGUAUGGAAGAGAGGACCUGAACUGCAAGGUAAAAAAAUUGUGAGCUACGAAGAAGGCGGUGCCAAUGGGUACGAUGGCCUAGAUAUGCUUUCAAAGGUGGGCAUGCUAUUGGUUACCAAUUCCGCUGAUGCAACCAAUAGUGGUAGUCUAGAGGCAUGGCUGGUCCCUAUUUGUGGCGAUUCCAAAGUAGUUUGCGCUUCAUAGUAAGUGUGAUGUGCAGUUUUUUUCGUUUUGGUAAUCGAAGAAAGAUUGUUGUCUCAUCCAUGCCUUGAACUACAUUUGCCCUCGCUUGAAUUAGUGAAAUUUUGGGAGCCUGUCUUUGCCAGCCACCAGGGUUGAAUUUCGAAGCGUUCAUGCCUCUUGUGCUAUUCGUUGUGGAAGAAAACAACGAAUUAAUUGUUUGCGUGUCUGCUGUGACUCAGGAGGAUGAAAACUCAAUCGGCUUAACAGACGUCAUGACCGAUGCCCUUAUCGAACAGGGACCAUAUCAUUCUUUCGAUUUUGAACCUCCCGCGCUAGCAAUGGGUACGUAUCAAAAUGUUUCAGGAGAGGUCGCUAAAUUUUGAAUGAUCAUUGAGAGGUCAAACAAGUCCCAAAACGUAGUAUUACCUGUGCACUAAUUGAAUCUGUUUUUUGUUGCUGUUUUGAAGGAACGUAUCCCGAAGUUCUUUGCUGUUCUUUGGGAACUACCGUUGUCGUGAUCAUCCGUCGGAAGGGCCUUGUUGUCGCCUAUGAAUUAGGCGAAUCGGGACUGGAACUAAUUGCACAGGAGAAUGUUGGUCACUACGUAGUUGAUGCUGUAAUGAGAUACAAUGCUUCUGAAGGAGGUGCGGAAAUCGUUCUUCUCAUGUCCGAUACAGAAAAUCGCCGCGAUGGUCGCGUUGGGACAUUCUGUUUCCGAACGGCAUGUUAGUUAUGAAUAGUUGAACUGAAGAGACGCGUCUGGAUCAUAUAAUAAUUCUAGCACUCUUCUUCCUCGACUAAUUUUAUCUUGGCUGAAGUCAAGGCGAGUUCAGAUCAAAAAGUAGUCACAAUGGACAGCAACUUUCGUCAUUUCCUUCAGGUUAGAUCAUCAGCAUCCUGCAAUGUUUCAGAAGCGCAAUAUUUGAACUUUAGAAAAGAAGUUGAUCAUUCUAUCUUCCUUGCCAUGCCUUACGAUGGUGCCUUACUAGUAGAAGCCUUAUUCGACAUGUACAUCAAUUCUGGAGUCUAGUGGGAAGAUGUCUGUUUUAAAAUAGACAAAUUAUUUCAAU